GCGGAGAUAUACAACGCGCUGAUUAAUUCCAUCCAGCGAGACUGCCGUGUUUUGGAAAGCUUCAAAAUUAUGGACUACAGUCUUUUGGUUGCCAUCCACAAUCUCGAUUUGGCGGCUAAAGACGAUGCCGAGCAUCGGCGCAACAAUUCGAUUGACGGAGAAAACAGUGCGGGAACUAAAACUUCGACAGCCAAAACUAGUCAAUCGCCAAUUAUUCUUCGAAAGGGUUCCAUCGUCAGUCGACGAAAACUAGUGGCCCAUUCAACUACGCUAGAAAGUAUCCAGAUGAGAAAUGAACCCAGUGGCAAGGGAGAUUAUAGUCGACUUGACGGUAUACCAGCUCGUAACGCCAAGGGCGAAAGAUUGAUUGUGUUUCUAGGCAUCAUCGACAUUUUGCAGAACUAUCGACUGGCGAAAAAAAUUGAACAUGCGCUAAAGGCAACCAUUCACGAUGGAGAUUCGAUAUCGGUUCACCAUCCUGCUUUGUACUCCCAGCGUUUUACAUGUAUCUUCUAUACUAUACACUCGGCUGGCAGCCCAGCACCCGGCAAUAUAGUGCUGCACAGCCCAGUCUAUACAUCAGACAAAAAGGAUUGGUCCCCAAAGAGCCAGAGCCAACAAAAGAGCGGCCACACAGCAGCUCGAGAUGAUUUACUAUUACUAGUGCAUUGGCCCAGCAGACAAGGAAUGGCUCUCAGCCGCCCACUUUUACAUCUCACAUGCCCGGCAACAACCAUUUCCCAACCGAUGGAUAUAAUACUAGUAGCAAAAGAAAGGGGAAAAAAAAGUAUUAUAUGGCCAGGGCUAUACUUACAUUACUUUACCAGCGGACGAACGGCUAUUCCUUUCACUCAUUUCCCUGGACACCGAUCGACAUCACCGAAUCGAUGAACUCUUCGUUUAGACUUUAGACACUGUUCUCCAUUCUGGAUCGACCAUCAAAUGGGACCCCCACGCUCGGCCUAUUUAAGACAGAAACAGAAGUGUCUUUCUUUCUUUUUGAACUAAAAAGACAAUCACCGAAAAACAAAAUGAAUUCAAAUAAAUUUGAACUAAAAUGACCACUAGAAAGAAUGACCAGAGAAGAAUACAUCGACACAUUGAUACCUUUCCAGUCUUGGUAACACACUACUACAAUGUGGAAAUCCCCACAAUUACAAAUUCGAAAAUUUGGUAGGAAAGAAGCGACAGAGCCAUUCAAUCACAAACUUCGGCAUGGUUUUCAAAUGCAAAUAAUAUUACUUAGAAUGAUGUUUGGAACACUCAACUAAAGUGGAGAAGAAAAACCCCCAAAAUUUAAAUUUUAAAAAUUCUUUCAGAUGCAAGUAAGAUUGCUUAGAUUGAUGUCUGCCCUAUUAACACACUACCAAGAGUGGGGAAAUAACCCACAAAUUAUUUGUCGAGGAAAGAAUAGCUAAUCUGAUUGAAUCAAACUUUUCUGGUUUCCAACAAGUCACGAAGCAACAGGAAACUUGAUGAAACCAAAAGCAAAUCUGAAGAUACGACCUAGACAAUGUAGGUUGUUGUCACCUAACCCACACAACCACCGGAAAAAUAUUGAAUAACUGAAAUUCAAAUGGGUACCUUUCUAGUCUUGCGAACACACUACCAGAGUGGGGAAAACCCCACAGUUUCAAUUUUGAAAAACAAAUGGUAGGAAAGAAGAGACAACAGAGCCAUUCAAUCACAAACGUCGGCAACGUUUCCAUAUGCAAAGAAGAUUGAUCAUAAACUAUAAACCAUCACCAGUUUAUAGACGAAGGAUGGUGUUUGGAACACACCAAAGUGAAGCAAAAACCCACAAAUUGAAUUUCAAACAUACAUCGUUUGAAAUAAAUGAUUUUAAUGACUUAUCUGAUUGAAUCCAAUUUUUUCGGCUUCCAGCAAGUCACGAGGCAACAGGGAACUCGAUGAAAGAAGUCAAAGAACACCAAAUGGCUUUUUAAUCUGAAGAAACAACAACCGAGACAAAAACAGCUGCAAAUGAUUGACGAAAUUCGUCUGAAUUUUAUCGGUUUUUGUCGACGUUGCAAAUUUUACUAAUUGCAACCGGGGGCGGAUUCAAG